AUGCCUCGCGGCGUCCCCAAGGAGGAGAGCAUGCAAGAUGCGGAUUAUAUGCCCGACGAGUCAGUCGCGUUAGGUAAACUUUCGGAGACUGGCAAUGGCACAUCGAGCGGGGGAUCGACGCUUCCGCCAAACGUGAACGACAUCGUCAUCAAGAAUCACUUCCCGGUCGCGCGCAUAAAACGCAUCAUGCAGGCCGACGACGACGUUGGUAAAGUUGCACAGGUCACCCCAGUCGUGGUUUCCAAGGCAUUGGAGCUAUUCAUGAUCUCUCUUGUCACCAAAGCCGCCGCCGAGGCCAAAUCGCGCAACUCGAAACGCGUCAACACACUCCAUUUAAAGCAGGCCGUCGUCAACAACGAGCAAUUCGACUUCCUGAACGAGAUCGUCUCCAAAGUCGCCGACGCGCCCGAGAAGUCCGAGGACGCGAUGGAGGAAGGCGGCGGCAAAAAGAAGAAGGCUGCGAGCCGGAAGAAGAAGAAGACGGACGACGACGAUGAUUUUUGA